ACAAUAACAUUGACAGACGGCCGAGUGCGAGGCUCCUGUGAUCCUGGUGAAUGAAGUUCUGGGUAAAUUUCACAUUUUUGUUUGACAUUCAAGUGAUUUCGACCCUACGUAGAGGAAGAUCUGAGCAGUGAUCAUCAUGUCCUUGAGAGCACACCUCCGCAGCCGGUUCCACAAACAAACUCCACCCACCGAGGGAGCCCUUCAGAAGCGCAGCUCCAACACGUCCGACAUUCAGGCCUCCUCUGGAUCAGACGAUGUGAACUCUAGCGCUGACGAGCUGUCGUUGAGUGAUCAUGUGAUGGAAGGAGGGUCACCGUCGUCCGGUCGAAAGAAGUACGACAAAGGAGGAGCAUCUGGGGACUCUUCAUCGCCAGGCACCAGAAGAAAGGAGCAGGGUCGGUUGUCCAAUGAGGAGUCUCGCAAGAGGUCAGGGUCGACAACCUCCCAAAGGAGCCAAUGGGAAGACAGUGAGAAGAAUAUUUACGAGACACAGUUGAGAACACUGCAGGAGCAGCUAGUGGACAGCAUGAUACAGAAUCAGACAUUGCAGUCAGAGGUCACCAAGUUUAGGGAGAACUCUGACAUGACGAAGUUGCUGCAAAUGCUUGAUCAUGAGAAGGACAACAGUGCUAAGCUAUCUCAAGAAUGUGAGGAGUUGCAGCAGCAGCUGGAAAACAUAGAGAGGAGAAGUUACAGCAUGGAAGAGCGUCCAUCAUCAGUUGAUACAGCUGAGGAAGCUGAUUCUGUAGACCUGGCGCCAUCAGAAACUGAACCACAACCACCAAGAAAACCUACCUUGAAGACUCAAAUGCAGGAAUGGCUGAUGAAUACAGUGUAUGAAGUGAUAGCAGACUUCACCGAGGAUCCCGAUGAUGAGAAGACGACUGAGAAUGAUGAAGGAGAAGAGCUGGCUGUCAAAAAAUUGAAAGCAAACAUCAAGCGGUUUAAGGCAGGCUACCAGCCAAUCAUCCAAUGGCUCAAGGCGGUUGGUAACUUAUUUGGUUGGAAAUCAGCACCAGCUUCCUUCCUCGCCUUCAUUAUCUACAUGUAUGCGGUAGCAAAAGGCUGGCUGAUAUCGUUGAUGUUGGGCCUGGCACUUUGGCAUCUUACCAAGACAUAUCUGAUUUCCAAGGGCUUUGUUAUCAAGUUUUCACUGUUGCCCUACUGUGAAGAAGAAGAGAACAGCGACAUGGACAAACAACUCGGGCUCUCUGACAAGUUUCAACUUGUUUUGUUGGUUGCCAGACGGGUCCAGAAUUACAUGGGCUUGUUGGCAGAUGGCCUAGAAAAGAUACAAAACCUUGUCAUGUGGGGUAACCCUGAGGCUACACAGAAACUCUACACAGGCCUGCUCUGUGCUUUCAUUGCCUCUGUAGUCUUGCCGGGGGAGUGGUUCUUCAUCUGUGGAGGAAUAUACCUUGGGGUGAAGGUGUUCAUCACAGGCAACAUCUUCAGCAGGUUCCCGCGUGUGAAAGCCAAGUACGAUAGCAGUUACAUCAUGUGGCAGUCACUGCCAACUCAUGCACAGAAACAAAGGAGAAAUACCCUAGAAAGACGAAGGAAGUACAUCAUACCGGCUGUAGUCACAGAAAGGACACCUGCUGACGAGGGUCAGGGAAACUUCCUGGAGAUGUUCUCCUUGCCAUCAGAGGAGCUGCCAUUGCCAGGUUGGCAAACUGGAAAACGCUGCACACAGAUUGUCCGAGAUAAAAGUGUCUCGUUCAAAAACGGCAGGAUUUAUCUUACACGAAGCUUCCUGUGUUUUGAGCGGUCAAGGUUAAAGAAUCGAGUGGACAAGCACAUUGUCAUUCCGUUAGCUGAUAUUGUCACCAUUGAAAAGGCCAAGCCUUUCUUCCUCAUGCCCGGCUCAGGUAUGUCCAUCGAGAUCCGCGUUGUCUCGGAGGAGAAGCCUUACAUCUUUGGAGCCAUCCUGAAUCGCGACGAGGUCCACGCUGUCAUCUUGAGGCAAGUCUGCUCCGUCAGGGAUGUGCGGUUGAAAGACAAGACCAAACACAAGGAAACCUCUGUGAAGGACGGCAGGGCAGCAGGCACCAGCGCUAGCAGUAAUCAGUAGCCGUGAAUAUUCCCAAUGCCUUCAUUUGCAUGUUGGUCACAUGACUAAUUAGCAUUAAUAUUGAUAUGCCUUAUUUGCCUUUCGGUCACAAAGCCAGCUGUAUAUUUGUAAAUUAAUUCAAAUGAAUUGGCCCAUGAUUGAAUAUUGUGGUUUGACUUAAAACUUACUUAAAACUUACAUGUCACAUGUAUCUUAUGGUUUCGAUAUUAAGCAAUAUCAUGGCUGUUUCUUUUUGUGCCAAUACAAUAAGCAAUAACCAAUCAGCGUAGUCAGUGGGCAUAUGUCCUGCGUUUUGUCACUGAAAUCUGGUCUUUUAGAAAAAACCUGCCAAAAUGUGCAGGAGAAAAGGAACCCAGGCAAGCUUUGCUCACCUUUCAGCAAGAAAAUUAUCCCAAGACUUCACAUGGCCAAGAUAAGUUCUUGAACAUUUCAUAAGUAAUGAGGUCUUGGACCUUCAUAUGUGUAAAACAAUUUACUCCACUUCUAUAAGUUGUCAAACAGGUAUUUGAAAGUGAUUUGAAUUUUACCACAAGACCCCACUGGAACAUAGUUUAUGUAAUAGCCCCUUGCACAGCAAGGGUCAAUGAUAUGCGAGCAGAUUUGCUGAUUAAUUAUGCAACUAGACUGCAUCUUGACUUUGACAUUCUGACCAUUCUGCGGGUGCCUUUUAUAUCGAGUCUUUUGUUAUCCAUUGUCAUAGAUAUCUAUAAAUGACCUACACACAACAUUUAUUAUGCUUUUACGUUGUGAAUUGAGCACAAAUAGGCUACGUCACUUGGUCUGUAAUGCUAUCUAUAUAUUAUGCGAUGCGCUAACGUCCUACUGCUUCGAAUGAUCAUCACAUAUUUUGAGUAAUGCGCGUAUAAUGCGAAGGCCCUCCUGCACGUCAUGCGUAGCAUUUUGAUAACAGUUUUGAGAGCCAAUGUCAUGUCUAUGUUUUAUUCAAUGGCUUUGUUAUCUCUCUAUGCCCGUUGUUGUAUAAGAAAAACAUGGCAUCCCUGCCACAUUGACCAAUAAGCAACUGAGUCCAGAUUUCGGAAUAAUCACAUCACGAUUUUGGUAAAGUCGACUCCAAUUGGCCGGUGCUGGGGUUGCAUAAAUUUGAAUUCUUAGCUAUAUUAAACAGACGUUGGACCGGAGCCAGAGCUCCGUGGCAAGGGGUGAUACUCAAACUAACUGGCACAUGGUCCAUCGAUAAAAAAAAAUGGACAACUCAAAUAGUCUGGCAAAGAGAAGUGCUCUUGUAGAGAGUAGUAGAGAUUGGGUACCAGAUAUCUUCAAGACAUUGUGCAAUUUGUCUAAUGAUCCAGUUUUUUCUUACAUUGACCUUGUUUCAAUCUUUUUUAUGGAGCUGUUUAUUGACAGUAUUGGACAUUCCAAAUAUUACUGAUUGUGCUCUUGACAUUCCCAAUAUCAUGGAUUUUGCUGUAUAUGUUGUUCUCUUCUUUAUGUUUACUGUGUACAACUAGCACAUGCAAACUUCUCAGUACUAAUGUACAUAUCAGGCGGGGCAUUAAGUUUUAUCUUCAAUAAAGCUAACUUCAAUCCUAGAUCCUGAUUGGUUGAUCCAUCAUUCCGUUGUAUAUUAUCCCACCCUGCGUAUCACACUUUAGAUGCAUGGGCUAUUCCUGUUGCACACAUGUGUAAUAGUAUAACUCAAAUGAUGGUGUACAGCAUUUGUGUUCCUUAUUGUGCGUCAGGUUUGAUUGAAGGUAAAUGUAUUCUCCCACAGUUUGCAUUUGUGGAACACAGCCUAUGUAGCAGGUCAGACGCAGUACAUUAUUCCGUGUUCCACUCACACUCUUGGGAUAGCUAAUACAGUUGACAUAUUAUAUGAAUUCUCAAAGAUGUCUGCGCUCACAAGUCUACAUUUUUAACUGAGUUGACUUGCAUUGUUGAAUUGUCUAAUUUGUUUGAUUUGUCAACUCUAGUGUCUUCAAGAGUUGACCAAUCGUGUGGCCUCAUCAAAUUGAGUUAACCUUUCAUUAGGUCUUUCCUAAUUGAGUUAUUAACCAAUCAAGUGGACUUGCCUAAUUGAGUUGACCAAUAAAGUGGACUGUCCUUAUUGAUUUGGCCAAUCAAGUGGACUUCCCUAAUAGAGUUGACAAUUCAAGUGGACUGGCCUAUAUGUGUACGUGAGUUGACCAAUCAAGUCGCUUGUCUUAUACAGGGUGUAUAAAAAAAAAGGUUAUCCAAAAUAAUGGGUUAAUAUGUAAAAGUUAUGAACUUGAACACUGUCAAUGUGGAUCCAUCUUUUAAUAAAGGGUAGUUCGUUAGUUUUUCUUUGA